GUGUCUCAGAUUCAUUCUUAAGGAACUGAGAACUUAAUCUUCCAAAAUGUCAAAAAGACCAUCUUAUGCCCCACCUCCCACCCCAGCUCCUGCAACACAAAUGCCCAGCACACCAGGGUUUGUGGGAUACAAUCCAUACAGUCAUCUCGCCUACAACAACUACAGGCUGGGAGGGAACCCGGGCACCAACAGCCGGGUCACGGCAUCCUCUGGUAUUACGAUUCCAAAACCCCCAAAGCCACCAGAUAAGCCACUGAUGCCCUACAUGAGGUACAGCAGAAAGGUCUGGGACCAAGUAAAGGCUUCCAACCCUGACCUAAAGUUGUGGGAGAUCGGCAAGAUUAUUGGUGGCAUGUGGCGAGAUCUCACCGAUGAAGAAAAGCAAGAAUAUUUAAACGAAUACGAAGCAGAAAAGAUAGAAUAUAAUGAAUCUAUGAAGGCCUAUCAUAAUUCCCCCGCAUACCUUGCAUACAUAAAUGCAAAAAGUCGUGCAGAAGCUGCUUUAGAGGAAGAGAGUCGACAGAGACAGUCUCGCAUGGAGAAAGGAGAACCUUACAUGAGCAUUCAGCCUGCUGAAGAUCCAGAUGAUUAUGAUGAUGGCUUUUCAAUGAAGCACACAGCCACUGCCCGUUUUCAGAGAAAUCAUCGCCUCAUCAGUGAAAUCCUCAGCGAGAGUGUGGUGCCAGACGUCCGGUCAGUUGUCACCACAGCUAGAAUGCAGGUCCUCAAACGACAGGUCCAGUCCUUAAUGGUCCAUCAGCGAAAACUGGAAGCUGAACUUCUUCAAAUAGAAGAACGACACCAGGAAAAGAAGAGGAAAUUCCUGGAAAGCACGGAUUCAUUUAACAAUGAACUGAAAAGGUUGUGUGGUUUGAAAGUCGAAGUGGACAUGGAAAAAAUAGCAGCCGAAAUCGCACAAGCAGAGGAGCAGGCCCGCAAAAGGCAGGAGGAACGGGAGAAAGAAGCGGCAGAGCAAGUGGAGCGCAGCCAGAGCAGCACGGCUCCUGAGGAGGAGCAAGGCGGGAGCAAGGCGGAGGAAAAGAAGGAGGAGGCGAGCAUGCCGAUGGACACAGAGGAGACACACCUGGAGGAAGCGACAGAAAGCCAGCAGAACGGCGAAGAGGGCACGUCUACUCCCGAGGACAAGGAGAGCGGGCAGGAGGGGGUGGACAGUAUGGCGGAGGAAGGGACCAGCGACAGCAACACCGGCUCAGAGAGCAACAGCGCCACGGUGGAGGAGCCGCCGGCAGACCCCACGCCGGACGAUGAGAAGAAGGAAUAGAUGUUGCCUUGUUCUAUGUGUUCUCAAUACUUUUUUAAAUGAAAUGAUGUUUUUUGAGUUUUAAUGGUGUUAUGUGGUUUGUGUAUUAAUGUUUUCUUGUCCAUAUCACACCACCAAAGGCUUUUGGACCGUUCAGCGUCAAGAGCUGAACGGCUCAGUCACCUUUCUCAAGCAGUCGUGAAGGUGGUUCUUUUCUUUGGAUCUUGUUGCUAGCCCUCAACUGCUGAAAGCCUCAGAGUUUAAAUUAACCGAGAAAAGGCCCACCUCUUUUAGAGAAUUAUCCUUUGAUGCUGCAGAAUCUACUCUUACAAAUGCCUUCCUACAGCUCACUUGGGUGCUCACCAAAGCCAUAGCUUUAAACCAUCCCAGUCCCGUCCGCAGCUCCCUGAAAGUUCCCUUCCUGUUUACUUCCACAGAGAGCAGCUUCUGGAAGAUGUAAUCAUGCAUGAGUAUGUGUUUGUCCACUUACCCUUCAGUUUUAAUUGAUGUCAGGUCCCAAGAGUUGUGUUGAGGGUUGAGUGUACCUGCAACUACACUUGGAUUGUACUGGUCCAGAAAUAUCUCCACAGUUACUGUAGUACUAGUUUAUGAAGUAGUCAUCAUGGUGAACACGACAUACAUUAUCUGUGCUGCUUUUUGUUGUUGGAUAUGUUCCGGUAAAUUCAUCCUUAUUGUACAGAAGAAAAACUACUUUUUUUACCAUGUUUUCCAAAGACAGUAUAGACCACAGAAGUAAAGGGAUUAAAUAAUCUUGCAGUGGACUAGACAGCUUCAAAAGAGCCCAUUCCAGAAGAAAAACAGCUGGAAAUUAUGUUCAUCCACUUGAAAUUAUUUUACCGUAAUCAAACAUUCAAAACCUCAAGGCUCAGGAUCCCACAGAUCAGAGUCUACCUUUUUGAUAAACUCUUAGUAAAAUCUUGGAGACUAGAAGCAAGAUAGUUUGUGACACAUGCUUCCCAAAAUUAGAAUAGAUUUUUACUGAAUAGUGGUAUAUCUGAUGGUAUAUGUUUCUUAAAGGUCCAAAUGUAAUAAAAAA